AUGGAUUUUGCCGAUAAGCCAUUGUCGAGCGAGCAUCAGGAGCAGUACCGAUCGGCUUCGGAGAGCGCGGACCCAUCGUCCGUCUCGCCGUUUCAGGUAGCGUCGCCAAAGUCACCGAGGUCCCCCAAGUCCCCGAGGUCACCACGCUCCCCGAGAUCUCCGAAAGGCAAGCAGGGUGGUGGGGCCCACGGGAGCCCCCUCAAGAAUCAACGGCAGUCGCAUGGUGGGAAAACCGGGCAACCGAAAAAAGGCGGCUAUGGCGGGAAAGGAGCCUGGGGAGGAUUACUCGACAUGGAGGAUGGCUACACAGACGACCCAAACGACCCGAACUACAUAAGCGAUAAGGAGGAGACGAGGCCUGUCCCUCGAACAACCGAGCAGCUCGACAAGUUCAAGAAGAAGGCGACCGUGAUGGUCGAGGAGUACUUCCUGAACGACGACCUCACAUCAACUGCCAACGAGCUUCGGGAGCUCGACUCUCCAUCCCACCACUUCUACUUCGUCAAGAAGCUCAUCUCCACCGCCAUGGACCGGCACGACAAGGAGAAGGAGAUGGCCUCCGUCCUCCUUUCUUCCCUCUACAAUGACGUAAUUACCCCUCAACAAGUCUACAAGGGCUUCCAAAAGCUCGUCGAUUCCACCGACGACCUAAUCGUCGACAUUCCCGAUGCGGUCGACGUGCUCGCCCUUUUCAUAGCACGAGCUGUCGUGGACGAUAUCCUCCCUCCGUCUUUCCUCACCAAAACAAUGGCUUAUCUGAAGAAGGACUCGAAGGGGGUUGACGUAAUUAAGCGCGCCGAGAAGGGCUACCUAUCGGCCCCGCUCCACGCGGAAGUCAUCGAGCGGUGCUGGGGCGGGAGCCGGAACAAGACGGUCGAAGACCUCAAGUCGAAGAUCAACGACCUUUUGGUCGAGUACGUGGCGAGUGGGGAUGUGAAGGAGGCAUGUCGGUGCGUAAAAGACCUAAACGUCCCCCACUUUCACCACGAGAUCGUGAAGCGUGCGAUCCUCAUGGCGAUGGAGAGGCGGAAGGCCGAGGCCCGUCUUCUCGACCUCCUCAAACAGGCCUCCGAGGAGGGCCUUAUCAACUCGAGCCAGAUAUCCAAAGGAUUCGCACGAAUAAUCGACUCGGUCGAGGACCUGUCGCUGGACAUACCGAACGCGAAGGCCUUACUACAGUCGUUGAUCUCGAAAUCCGCAUCUGAGGGCUGGCUUUGCGCCUCGUCACUAAUGUCCCUCACCCCACCACCGGGAAAACACGCGGUCGAGGAAGAUAGACUUAAAGCGUUCAAGAAAAAGGCAGAGUCGAUCGUCCGCGAGUAUUUUCUCUCGGGCGACAUAUCGGAGGUGAGCUGCUGCCUCGAGUUCGAGAACACUUCAUCUUCGCCCGAACUCAACGCGAUCUUUGUGAAGAAGGUGAUCACGCUCGCCAUGGAACGGAAGAAUCGAGAGAAGGAGAUGGCUUCUGUUCUGUUAUCCUCCUUAUGCUUCCCCUCGGAAGACGUGGUCACGGGCUUUGUAAUGCUAGUCGAGUCGGCCGAGGACACGGCGCUCGACAUCCCGGUGGCAGUCGAGGACUUAGCCAUGUUCCUAGCGAGGGCAGUCGUGGAUGAGGUCCUGACCCCACACGAGCUGGAAGAAAUCGGGUGCAACUUCCCAAGCCACGACUCGGUCGGGAGCAGGGUCGUGGGGACGGCCGUGAGCCUUCUGAGGGCCCGGCUGUCGGGGGAGAGGAUACUGAGGUGCUGGGGGUGUAAUAACGGGUGGUCGGUGGAGGACGUGAAGGAGAAAAUCGGGAAGCUGCUGGAGGAGUAUGGGGCGGGUGGGGAUGUUGGGGAGGCGUGCAGGUGUAUAAAGGAGUUGGGGAUGCCCUUUUUCCACCACGAGGUGGUGAAGAGGUGUGUGGUGAUGGUGAUGGAGAGGCGGGAGGAGAGAAUGUGGGGGCUGCUCAGGGAGUGCUUCGGAAUGCAGCUCAUUACGAUGGGGCAGAUGGGGAAAGGGUUCGCGCGGGUGGCCGAGGCCAUCGAUGACUUGGCUCUCGACGUGCCGGAUGUGAAGAGGCAGUUCGAGGGGUGGGUUCGGAGGGCGAGGGACGAGGGGUGGCUCGACGGGUCGUUCGCUUUCGGGUCUAACGGAGUUUCGGAGAGGAAAAAAAAUAAAAAAAAAAUUAAAAAGCUCACAUACACUUCGCUCGCCGGCGUCCGCCCGUCGACGGCGUCUGUAGCCACAUCAGCAACGCCGAAUACGACGACAUGCCCCGAAGGUAUAGCAUCGCCGUCGACCACCGCACGCAAGCGCCGGAAGCGUCGUCUUAUGCAUCUCCGGCGGAAUCAGCCGACGGCUUUAUGUCUCCGGCAGCCACAAGCCGACGCCGCGCCAGCUCCAAAACCAGCACCGCUAGCCCGUCGCGGAAAUCAGCUGCGUCGUCUACCUCCUCUGUCCGCCUGGCGACGAGGUAAUGGACGGGAAGGUAACGGCGGGCUGUUCACCGGCGGCAAGCUGGACGACCGGGAUUGUCUUCACGGUGACAGACGAGAUUGUUUCAGGAGAUGCUGGUGA